UGCCUGAGGCAUUCACAGCUAGUAAUCCUUAUCUGCACCACAGCCUUUAAGCUUGCGUUAUAAGGGUGCUGUUAAUUUGAGUUAAUUAGCACCUUUUUGCCUGACAGCCCAGGACUAAGCAGUAACAGAGCGUUUGUCAAGUACAUCACCUUCAAAGCAGUCGGGAGGAGGAUCCCCGACUCCAGUACCGCCUACACUGUCCUCUAAUCUCCCCGUGUACUUUUUGCCAGAGAUUCCAGGAAGGACCAUUCUCCCUGGCUACAGUGUAGAGCACAUUUUCCGCACCUUGCCCUGAGAACAUGGAUUCACAGAAGGACGUUCAGCCCCCAAAGCAGCAGCCAAUGAUUUACAUUUGUGGAGAGUGUCAUACAGAAAAUGAAAUAAAGGCAAGAGAUCCUAUCAGGUGCAGAGAAUGUGGCUACAGAAUAAUGUACAAGAAAAGGACAAAAAGAUUGGUAGUUUUUGAUGCUCGAUGAUGUCUGCUGAAGAUAGUGACUUCUUGAUACAAUCUUUUCUGAUAAUUUUGUUCUGUAAAACUCUUUGUGUAUAAAUGCACACUUUUAUUUGUGUUUUAAGAGAUUGAAAUAUUAAAGCUUACUGUAAUACUAAAUUUUGUCUAUAUUGUCUUCCAUCAAUAGAUUUCUAAAGCUGUUGUUUAAAUUGUAGUCAAAGUAUGCAGUAUUUUUUAAGUUCAGUGAUAAUUGUAUUUUUUUUGAGUUAUCUUUGUUUUCAUUACUCGCAUCUAAACUUUAUUUGCAUUUUAACUUUGCUAAAUGUUCUUUGGACUCCUGUGAACUGCAUAAAAUAACAGUGGUUUGAAUAAAUUCUACUGAAAAUAAAUAGAAGGCUAGAAUUGAAA